CUCAGUUCUGUGUACAACAGGAGAUACUCGGGACGCUCGUGAGGAGCUUUUAGUCGUAAGAUGGAGCUGCUGACGUCGGUUGAUGUGAGUGACGAGCAGAGAGGUAAAUUGCUGGAGAGUGGAAUGUGCGAGGGGCGAUGGAACGGGGCCGUCGUGACCGUGAGAAGAUGCUAUGUCGGUGUACCAUGCGAGGCGAAUUGGUCUGAUGGUGGCAAGUGGUCUGCCGGCAAACUCGCAGACAAGUUUGCGUAUCUACAGACCUUGCAGCAUCCGAAUGUUGUCGCUUUUUACGGCGUGUGUGCGUGUGGUGGCGUCAACGAGCCGUUUCUUGUGUAUGAAGACUCUCUGAAGGAGCGGUGUUCAUUAGCUUCGCGUCUGCGUUGCAGCUCGUUGCCGAUUACGUACAGGGAGAUAGUAAACAUUUCCUGUGACGUGUUGGCUGGUUUGAGAUACUUGAAUAGCAGAGACCAUCCUCUAGUGACUGGUAGCCACUGUUUGUCUGCUGAUAGCGUGCUGCUUCUUCCUAGUGGCUGUGCAAAGCUGAGUGAUGUCACUGUAGGAGUUCUCAGUGAGGCAGACACUACCAGGAACAGCAAAUUUCUUCCACCACGUUGUGAGCACUUCUGUACCUUCUCGACAUCCAGUCUUCUUCUGCAAAUGUGCACAGGAGUUAAUAGUUCGCAAAGUCUCGAUCAAUACAAUCGAGGUUUACAAGCUCUUGGUUCGAGUCAUCCUUUCCACAGCGUAUUGAAGCGAAGUAUGGAACCCCCUCCAAACUGUCCUUCGCCUUCUGAGCUGGCUGCACUGCUGGAAGACGAGAAACAGUCUGAUAGGUAUGUUAGCAGCAUGGAAACGGAGCCUCUUGCUGGAAGAGUCGUACAGUUGGAGUCUCAGUUGCGCAACACUGAUACUGUCGUCUCAAAAUUACAGGAAGAUGUUGGACAAUUGCAGUAUGCGUUACAUAAGACGGUCAUGGAGCAUAAGAAAGUAACAAUGAGCUUACAACAUCAACUGCAAAUACUCAGUGAUCAGAACAGAUAUCUGAGGCAGUGGAUGGGUGUCGGUGACAAGGCUCUAGCCGUUUUUUCGUCUGAUGCCCAAACAUAUGCAGACUCGACAGGCGGAGAGAGUGGCUAUGGCACUGCAAGUUAUGAUAUGAUGAUGGAGAAUGUGCAAGAAAUGGGAUUUGAAAAUCGUUAUGAAUUACCGCCACGUGAUCACAGAUUGCUACACUCCACUUAUCGAUUCGGCAGAGUGUCAGAUAACACUGGCAGCAUCAGUAGAGGUAGGACAGCUGUUUCGGGUAAUGUGGAAGAGACCGAAGCAGAUGAUACUGUCGAACAAAAUAUACAUGUUAAUUCGGACCGUAAAAAUUCUGACAUUCAGCUGAUUGAUGGAAACAUUGAAAGAAGCUCACUGUUUACAGGGCACGCAUCAGCAUCUCAAAGUCUGUCUCAGCUACCUGAUACGCAUUCGCUGACCGAGGCACAAGUACAGCUUGAAGAGAUCAUAGUUGACUUGGGACACAUAGAUACCGAGUCACCACAGUCACUACCUUCUGGUGAAAACAGGCUUGCAUAUGAUUCACAGCAAACAGUUGUCGGUCAUCCACUUGGAGAGCAGCUACCUUUGCCACUUGUAAAUGGUAAUUUGGUUAUAGCUGAUGAGGGAAAUGUACUUCCCUUUGCUCAGCAGCCGGGUACAUCAGGUGUGGUUGACGAUUCAACCGUAGUCUUUGGACAGCCUUUGCCAAGUGUAGCGUGUGAGUUACAGAUAGUAGAGGACAUUGAUGGAUCAUCGACGCAGAGAUCGUCCGAGUCUCAUGAGAGCACUCCAAGCACGUACGAAGAACGAGACACUGUCCAUCGAUUUCUUACCAGGAUUCAACACGAAUUUGAGUCUUUGGAUAAUCAAAUAGCAAACUAUGAUCAGCAGCCACGGGAGGACAAUGUUCGUCCCCAUUCUAUUCAUGAAAUUCAAUCACUAAGACAGAUUAAUAGCAGUGUUGUAUCAGCUCUCCCAGUUAAUUAUGAACAGAACAAAGUGUGUACUCACACUGAAGCCCAUGCUCAAGCUCAAGCUCAAGCAGCGAGUAACUUUACUACAACACUUGAUAUAGGAGAUGUAGCAGCAUCAAGACGUUUGACAUUUGAUGCAUCAUUCUUAUUGUCAACUGAUCCAGAUUUGUCUCCGUCUCCAGUGAAGAGAAAGGUAAUCCCCCCUUGUGAUUCUCCUGUGGUUGCUGAGCAACUGCCGCCAAUGGAUGAAGCUCCACCACCAUACGAACCUAUUCAGACACAUCCUUAUAGUUCACAGCCACCGCAGCAAGGGCAACAGUCGUCAAAUACAUUGGUCCCUUCCUACUCGCCUGCCAUUCUACCUAUUCCUGAUCCACACACACGAAGCAGAACGAUUCCUUCAUCUCAUGGUGCACGCAGGACGCCGAGAAGUUUAUUGAUGCGCCCAGUUCGUAGUGCAGGACAUUUCCCAGUGUGGUCAAGAAUGUUUCGCUUCAACAAGACAUUUGAUAAGAAUGGCAUUGUUUACUAUCUUGGAACAAGCGAUUCCUCCCACUCGUGGGCAAAUCCUGCUUUGUCGGGUAUUAUCAAAGUGGCACGUUCGGGGGACGAGAGUCUGGCCCGUGGUAAAUCAUCGGAUGCUUUGAACAGAAAGAAAGCGGUGACUUGCUGUACAACGAAUGUUCCCAAUUCUUGGUAUAGCUUUGAUUUGGGAUCCCAACGUUCGGUUGUUCCCAGCUAUUACUCUCUUCGUCACGGAGCCGCAGGAAAGUGGUCGGCACUGCGGUCGUGGGAUUUAGAAGGAUCUGUGGAUGGAGCAACGUGGAUUCCUCUCAAGAACCAUGUCAAUGACACAGCACUGAAAGCAAAGUAUGCAACGGCAUCUUGGCCUGUAGAUAUACCUCACAACCACCCUGCAAUGCGCUUCCUGAGGAUAUUACAAACAGGUCCUAAUUCGUCUGGUGGCUAUCAUCUGUGCCUUAGUGGCUUUGAAGUUUAUGGCACUCUAUUUGAAGCAAAUACGGUUUAGCUGUAUACACAGCAAGUACACCGAUUAGUUGUAACCACACAGCAGUUUGUCCACACAGAUUGUUUAAAUUAAUUGAUUAAUUAAUUAAUUCAUGUUUUGUUGAAUAUGUAAUUGGAACUCAGUAGCUCAAUUAUUAUGUGAAUAGGUAGAGCGGAAUUAAUUUGUUUAGAGUUAAAGCUUGUGUUCAGCAUAUAAUAAACAGGACAGAGACAGUUUGUUA